UCUCACACUGCCUCAGCAUCUCGGAGCCACCGGCAGCAUUAACAGUUAGGGGAAGAGACUCUGUUUUCACACACAGAGUGGAGCCAGCAAACACACACACACACACACACACACUCACACACAUGCACAAACGGGAGGUGGACAGAGGCUCCAGCUGUAGCAUGUCCACCGGCUGCAGUCAGACAUGUAGGAGGAGGAGGAGGAGGUGCUCUGCUCGCCGUUCCAUGUCCGCUUCAGUCCUCUAAGCACCUCCCAUCCCCCCCACCACCACCACCACCCCCCCCGAACGCUCGCUCCCUGGCUCUGCGGUUGCUGAGGGGCUGGCUGGAAUGACCCGGGAGAGCGGGAGACACAAGGAGAUGCGCUAGACGAGUCUGCCGGCUGGGAGGACUCUCUGAUCCUUGAUCCCCUCCUCUUCACCGGGCUGACAGAUAACAAGGUAGACCUCUGAUCUGCCCCACAGAUGCAUGCCCAUAUAGGAGGGCAUGGCUGUGUAGACCGAGGGUCUUCAUCAAGCACAGCCACAGAGAGGACGACCACCACAGAGACACGCAGGGCUCUCAACCCCUGCUUAAGAAAAGGCCCUCCUGUCCACCAGUCAGCGUUCAGAGAUCGUGAAUGAUUGCGAAACAGAGAGCGGCCUUUGCAGUGCGACCCCGUCCCAUGUUGCUCCCUCCUCUCAGGGGAUGGCCAAGGUCCAGGAUGGACACACGAAUGCAUGUGACAGCUCUGCAAUGUUAGAGGAGAGCCAAGAUGGUAUGGACAGUGGUACCCUAAGUCCUGCCUCAGCUCGACAGGUCACCAUCCAGCGGCACCCGACUCAAGGCUUCGGCUUCAUUGCAGGCAGCCAGAGGCCUGUCAUUGUACGCUCCGUCUCUGCCGACGGCCCCUCCUUUGGCAAGCUUCUACCUGGAGACCAGAUCUUGGCCAUUAACGAGGAGACGGUGAGCGACGCGCCCCGAGAGAGAGUCAUAGACCUUGUAAGACGCUGCAAAGACACUAUAGUUCUCACUGUGCUGCAGCCCCAUCAGUCACCCAAGUCUGCCUUCAUAAGUGCAGCCAAAAAGGCCCGCCUGCGAACCAACCCGCCUAAAGUGCGCUUUUCAGAGCAAGUGUCCAUCAGCGACCCAGACUCAACAAUGCUCAAGGACGACUCCUUGCUACUCAUACCAAAUGUGUUGAAGGUGUUCUUGGAGAAUGGACAGAUCAAGUCCUUUACAUUUGAUAGCCGUACCACUGUUCGGGAUGUGAUCUCCUCCCUGCAGGACCGCCUCUCACUGCGCUACAUUGAGCACUUUGCCCUGGUGCUGGAGGCAGGCGGUCUGGACCAGAACCAGAGGUUGCAUCUGCUGCAGGAGAACCAGCCUCUGACACAUGUGGUGCACAGAACCUAUUUCCAAGGGAUGAAGUGUCUGUUCCGCAUUUGCUUCUUCCCCAAGGACCCUGCAGACCUACUGAGAAGGGACCCCGCUGCAUUUGAGUACCUCUAUAUACAGAGUCGCAAUGACGUCAUCAAGGAACGCUUUGGCAUGGACUGGAAAUCUGACAUCACGUUACGAUUGGCUGCGCUCCAUAUCUACAUCACUGUGUCCUCCGCGCGGCCCAAUCAGAAGAUCUCUCUCAAGCAUGUCGAAAAAGAGUGGGGACUCGAGCCUUUUCUUCCCCUCACUUUGCUUCCAACAGUCAAGGAGAAGAAUGUGUGCAAGAGCCUGUCUCAGUUGCUGAAGACCUACCAGCAUCCGCCACCAUCGGGCAACAAGGUCCCUCCUCUCCAAGGAAAGCUGCAGUACAUGCGUGUUCUCAACGACCUCCCGCCUUUUGGUGGAAUACUGUUCCACACUGUUGGACUGGAUGAGAAACAAUCAGCUACAACACUACUGGUGGGUCCUCGACAUGGCAUUAGUCAUGUGAUUGACCUGAAAAACAACCUCACAACAGUUCUGGCAGAGUUCAGUAGGGUUGCCAAGAUCCAGCUCUACCGAGAGAGCCAGGGAGUGGCUCGUGUGGAGGUGACAAUCCAUGAGGCCAAGUCUCCUAAUUCCCCUCCCUACCACCCCCUGCAGCCCUUGGUCCUACUCAUGGAGUGGCCUGAUGCCAGUAACUUUGCAUGCCUCAUCUCUGGCUACUACAAGCUGUUUGUAGACCCUAAACGGACCAUCUACUUCCGGACCCCUGGUCAGUCUCAGCUGACCAAGGCAGAUUACAGAAGCUCCCACCAUGCUCACCCACGCUCUGGGGCAACCAGCUUGCCAAGUGGAGGGCGGCGAGCGGACGAGAGGGAAAGCUCACACAGGGAGUCAGGGUCUUCAAGGGCCCUAGUUCCGGCAGAGCCUCAGCAUCUGGGCCUGUGUCAUGUCCACCUUCGAGAACAACAACAAUUUCAAGAGCUCCAAACACAUGCCGAAGCUGAACUCGACAUCAAUGAAAACUUUAUUUCCCAUGAGCCCCCUGGGCGGCCACGCACUAAGUCAGACCCCACCCAGCAGAGUACAGAGGAAAUAGCUGGGGUUUUAGAGAGCCCAGCAGUGGAGAACGCAGGAUUCAGAAUCCGAUCCCAAACAAUGGGUCAAUCCCAGAAAACCUCACGAUACUUCUGUGACUCCUGCAAAGCCAGACAUAGGGCAGAGGGUCUGUCCACAGCAUUGAACAGUGGGAGCUCGGGGAAACACUGCUCCAGUGCUUGUGCCUCCCGAGAUGGAGGCGCUGUUGACCUCAUGGCUCUACCGCCCCCAGGGAAUGAAGAGGAGGACGACCCAGAUGGUGGUGUAGAAAAACUGCAACCACCACCACCUGCUAUUGCUGCCCCACCACCUGGCUUCAGGGACAACAGUUCAGAUGAGGAUGACUCAAAGAGAGGGAGGAAGGCUCGAGCCAGUGCCAGCCAAGGGGUCGCCUCUGGGAAGCUGGCUCAAGCCAAGGAAGAUGUGCCUGUGACACUAAUUGAUAAUGUGGCCACGAGAACAGUCCGAGAUCAUGCCCAGGAGCUUGAUGAUGCUCUAGUGUCCACCUUACAGGCACUAGAGGCUUUGGCAGCCUCCGAGGACUACCCCCAUCACCCUCAACAGCCAACACAGACUGCAGGUCAACAGCCUCAGUCAUGCCACGGCCAACAUCUCACACACAGAAUUAACAGGCUGAUUGUCUUGGCUGCCAUUACACCUGAGUCGUCAUUGGACUCAGGCCACGAGACCAACUCCUCUGAAUUGACAGAUGUUUCUGAGAUGGUGUCGGCUAUGAAGCAGAACCAGAACCAGGCCUACCUGCUGGCUCACCAUAUCAACAAAGAACGUAUCCUCUGCCGCCGUGACUUUCCCCUGGCUAUCCCUGGCUGCACUGCAAAGACCAUAGGAACCGGGGCCUUCUCUGUGGGUCAGAUUCGUGCUGGCUGUCCACCUAAGCAAGUAAUCCUCAGCAAGACGGUUCCCUUUAAAGUCAGUCCAAGUCAAGACUCUGGAGUACUCAGUGUUGUGAUGGAGCAGGGGGGCAAUCAAGAGACUCAGACGGAACAGAAAGCAGAAAUGAAAACACACUCUGAGUCCACCAAAACAAAGACCUCUGAUCGCCCUUCUAAGUCACCUGAAAAACUUAAGGCAUCUGGUGCUUCACUGACAGCUCAAGUCAGUAGAGAUCAGAAGUUAUCGAAUUCUUCUGGGGAGAAACUGAGCCCAAAUCUUUCUGAGGUUAUAAAGGGGAAGACAACAGCACCUCUUAAUACAGACCCUAGCAACAAAGCCUUACCUAUCCUCUUACCUGUGGACAGAACUGCCUCUGCCAAGAUUUCUCCCACUAAUAUGUGCCAAGAUGCCAAGACUGCCUCUAUUGAGACCAUGAAGCCUUCAAGCUCUACAGAACUUUUGCCAGUUGACGACCUUUUCUGCACAUGCCCAGUGCAACAGGAGCAUGGGCAUCAACUAAGACUAAAAGACCCACAGGUUCAAAAGAUAGUGGUGUUUCAAUCCUCCUCCCCCACAGAUGAUGAGCGUCUUCGGGCCAAAGGCCUCCAGCUUGCUAACAGCAAAGAGAAUGCAGUGAGAGUAGGAGCAGAUUCUAGUUUGGCAAAACCCAGCCCUCAAAUACAAACCAAGUACUCCCCUCGUUUGCCUGUAAAAGCAGAGAGAAAAGAGGCAGUUGAAAACAAGCCUGAGGGUGCCCAGGGCAAAUCCCAACCUGAGUCACAGAAAUGCCCCAUGAAAUCCUUACCUAUUUUAGAUGAUCUAACAAUACCUAGCCCCUCUGUAGAUAAGGUCUCCACUCUUCCAACCAGAGACUCAAAGAAGCAAGGCAGUGGUAAGGGGAAGUCCCAGCGCAGUGUCCCUUUCUUGAGCUUUAGAAACCUUCUUUCAGCUACGUUCCCAGCAAGAAUGCGAAGAGAAACAGAUGAGCGAAGGGCUCAGUUGCAGAAAGUCCGCCAGUAUGAACUAGAAUUCUUAGAGGAGCUGCUGAAACCCAAGUCAUCCCAGGGAGAGUUUUUGCCCCAGGGAUCCUCACCUGUGCCCUCCGGCACUCCUUGUGCCUGCCAGCUCCGCACCAGCCCUGUCCUAAAGGCACCAGGUAUCUCUAGGGAGCAGCGACGCAGCUGUGACUGUAAGCGAAUGUGUAGGGGCAUGCGACUACCUGACACACCAGUUGGAUCCACAACAGAGACGCAACACAGAGGCAGAGAGAGACCUAUCUCGAAAACCCCUCCAGCAGUCUCCAAAGCACCUCACACCCAAGGUGCUUCAAGGAGACCACAGACCUUAGAGAUCAAGACCACACGAAUACGCUCCACCAGCCUGGAGUCAAGAGAGCCAAGGGGAGAGCAGGGUUCCUGCUUGCCCACCUGUACUUCUCAAACAGAUUGCAUGGGAGCUCCACAAUACAAGAAGUUGCAGAGGCGGUACAGCAUUGGAGAGCUGGAUAACAGCCCUAGCACACCUGUGUAUGCUGAAGUGAGGCCCAAAGCCAAGAGUCUAGAGAAGGAGAUGGAGAGAGUGAGGGCCACUGGGCUGAGGCUCCCCACCCCAGUUGAACCAGUCCACACUCAGUCUCACCAGGCAGAGGGGAAGGGGAAAAAGGGGGUGUUUUUCAUUCAGGGAGAAGAGCUACUGCGUGAAAGUAAAGAAGGGACCAGCGAGGUGCUGCUGACCCUGCCCAGUGAGGACAGUGAUGACAAGGAUAAAUGCUGCUCAUUCUGUUUCUGCUACAGGAAGUGUGAGGCAGCAGAUGAAAGCAGUGAGAAGGAUGAGCUCUCAUACUCCAUACCCCUUCAGGUCCUUCCAGGAAUGGAGCUGGACUCGCAUACCUUUCCUGUAGUGAGCAAAACGCUCCAGGUUCUUAAUGCAGAGGACUGCAGCGGGGAGGAAGAGGAGGAGGAAGAGGAGGAGCCACAGACACAGGAGAUUGACCUGAGAGCCUGUGGUACACUGGAGGCGAGCCUGGCACGGGUACAGGCUCUACAGGGGAAAUGUUUCAGCUUGCCUGACGGUUUCCUAAAUGCCCAGUUGGAUGCUAAUGAGUUGCUAGCUAUUUUGCGUCAGUGUGCUAACAGCCCACAGGCUGAGGGCGAGUCUCGUCUUCAGCCCUCACAGAUUGCAGAGUACAAACAGGAGCUGGCGGUGCGUUUUAAAGAAUUCAGAGCAUCUUGUCGACGCGUGGCAAGUGUUGAAAAAAGCCCGACACGUAUGCUUGCUGUUGUCACAGCCAGCUUUCAAGUGUUGUGUGAACUAACUCAGACCUUCAUCAAAUUGGUCAGAGGGGUUCGUUCAGAAACCCAAAGGCUGCAGCUGUUGAGGAAAGUUGAGGAAGUAGCUAUCAACUACACUUUGCUUCUGCGUGCGGCAGAGGAAUCAAUGGGACACUCAAGCAGCUUGCCGACAAAGACAGUGAGCCCUCCUGUUUCCUCCAACACCAAUAACAUGAGUUCACUCACUCGACCCAUCAAAACUCUGCCUGCCCAGUAGGAAUACAUCUGGCAGGGAUGUAAUCAAAACAGUCCAGAAUGUGGGUGGCUACUCUACUCCAAAUUCAUUAUUUGUUUAUUGUUUACAUUUUUUACAAGACAUGCAAUGACUCAUCCUCAGUAAAAAUUGCAAUGCAGCUGUUCCAUCCCAUGUUUACAGGCCCUGAGGUAGCCUCGUGGAUCUUGUUUUGAAAUAUAAAGAUACACCAAACUAAUGCACAAUGGAAUAAGAACCCUAUAACAGACUGGGUGAUACAGGGCUAAUCACCUCACAUCAAUAUUCACAAUAUACAUAAGUCAUUAUAUUGUAAUAUUUUAUAUGUAAUGUAUAUUUGGGUUGUGUCUACUUAGCAAAUAAUAUAAAGUUUUGUGCAGAAAAAAGUGAAGAAUAUAUUUGAAAUGUAUUGAUUUAAGAGAACUAUAAAGAUUCUAAUAAAUCAUCAGAAAUAAAUGUAUGCUCUGGACAAAAAUACUUCGGAGAUCUCGUCAAGUAGCGACUUCUGUAAAUUGCGUAGUCCAAAGCGUUGGUUGGUUAGAUGGUGAUGUGUGUGUUUGUUGAACUUUCUAACUGUUGUGAUGCAAAAUGGAGAUCUUUGUUGGCUAUGUUGACAAUGUCCGGCGUAGUGAUACAAGAGUCCAAAUGUAAGUGACAGUGUUGGAAAAUGAAAAACCGCUGAAAGACGAGUAUGACAUUUUAAACUAUAUUGACUGACAAGAGGCCCGUUCUCUCACUAUAACAGUGCAGGUAUGAAACACACCUGUUCUGUGCAGACAAUGUAGCAGAGACCCAAGUCACAGUCUUAUCCACUGUACAGUAAUGAGUGUCGUUACCUCACUCAGCUGUAGAGAAGGAAUACCCACACUGUACUUAUACGCACAGAGUGUAUUUUACACCAUCACUGAUUCGUCGCUCACUUGCAUCUCACUUGUCCUGAAUCAUAGUUUUAAAUAUAGCCAUCCACUUGCAAGUGGGUAAGCUUAUCACUAGAAUUUUGCACAACCUCUGAAAUUAGCUCUGAAGUUGAAAUGUAUCUUUUAAUGUUUAAGUGUUUUUUAUUCACUCUGCUGCUGAAAACCUCACUUGAGUCCACACCACCAGUUUUGCAUAAUUCAUCACCUCAAAGCUAAAGCUUACCCGUUUCAAAAGGAUCCUUUGUUUUUAAUUCAGGUUUUCAGAUGAAGUAUAAACAAAUUUGCUUUCUAUGUGCUGUUAUACAUUGUGCAAUCUAGCAAAUAUAUAAGAAACACACAAAGUAGUUUUCUAUGUAUUUUAAUAAAACUAACACAUCUGUUUCCUGUCUGAAAUCUUCUUUGUGUCUCAUCCUCUUGUUAUUCCUGGAAAUUAAUCGGAGAGGCUUUAUAGAUGUACCGGCCUAAUAUGUAUACCGGACAUACUGUUAAAAGAAAGUGCUGUGAAACCAAAUUAAUAGUGACAACUGGCCUGCCACAAUACUUAAGAUAAGAAACACAAUAUUGCUGUUUUUUUUGCACAAAAUGUAUUGGUCAGUCCUUUGGGGUAUAACGUGGUUGUUCAAUGAACCUCAAACUGAACUUCAAAGGUUUAUAAAAUACUGUAUAUGAAGUAAACAUCCAGCCUCAAGGUAUUUAACUGUUUGGUGGUAAGAAACUAAUUUUAGGAUACUUGGUGCCAUACACUGCAUACUUGCAAAUGUUCCGUAUUUGACAAACACUAUAAAUCAAUGGUGGGGGGUGAGGCUCUUUUAAAUGCAACAUAUAUUUUCUAUGGCUUAGUACUGCUGUAAAUUUGAGCCAUUUACAUCUUUUUGUUAACAUUUUCAGCUUUGAUGAUUAUUUAUUAAUGUGUCUGUGUGUGACAAUGUGAUUAGCCCCUCUCCCCACCCCCCCGCCAUAACACUUUUCAUUUUACACUGAAAGUCUGACCUUCAAUAUCAGCUUUGUUGUCCUUCUUUUCUUGGUUUCAGAACACAUUUGUUGUGUUUACAAGCACUCUCUUUUAGUGGUUUGUCCUUCGCUGUUGAUGUGGCAUUUUCCAUAACCAUAUACAGUGUUUUCUCUUUCACUGUACUGCAUGUUUUCCUUUUAAGACUUUCAGGGGCAGAUACUUUGACAAUUGAAGGUGAUGCUGUUUGUACAGAUAAUUUUCCAGUUCUAAAGUGGAAAAAACAGGCAAAAAUGAAAGGCCGCGGUGGCAAUAUGUUAAUGUUUUGCAAAUGAUAUUCAGUAUGGAAAUGUAUUAUUCUACACUGUAAAUGUAAAUAGUAAGAUAACAUAUUUGAGAGAAUAUGAAACACUUUUAAAACAUUACCUGUAACAUUAAGAUUUAUCCAAACUCUUCACUCUUUUGUAAAAAGGAAAAGAUAAAACAUGUCUGUAAGGUAAUUAUUUAUAGUAGUAAUGUAACAUAGAGACUAAUAGCAAAACAUAUAUUUUAAUGAGUAUAUAAACGAGUAUAAAGCAUGGGACAUGUUUAUUUUUAUAAACAAAAUAUCAGACAAUGUUCUCUCAUCAGCACUUGAACAUUUUGACAUUCUGAUGAACAUUUUCUGUGGUUGUCAUUGUUCAGUUGCUUUGCUAAACUGUGUGGGUUUGUCCGUGUUUCAUUCACACGAUGAGCCCGCCAUGGCUUAAUCCAUUGUUUCUUUAUGUGCACCUAUUCAUUCCUGUCUUUAUUUACUGUCAAUGAUCUUGUCGUCACUGUGGUCUUCUGUCUGUGUACAAAGUUAACUCAUGUUUUACGAGCAAUAAAGUAUAUUAUAUAAACUCUU